GCGGUGGCAGCAACAGUCCGGGCAGCUUCUGGCUCCAGCUCGGGACCCCGCCGCAGCAUCUUCGCUGCAGCCACCGCGGCCGCCACACCUGGCCAGGCACCCUUAUUCCUGAAGACGACUGUCAGCUGCCUUCUGUGCUUUCCCACCAUCACAUGGCCUACCACUAAAGGCUGAGAAUCUCCGCCACAGACAGACCACUCUGAUGCAUGAAUAAUUAGGUGAGCAUAAUGGAAGGCACUCACUCCACCCUUCAGUUGCACAAACCCAUUACCGAACUCUGCUACAUCAGCUUCUAUCUUCCAAAGGGGAAAGUCAGAGGAUUUUCAUAUAAGGGCACUGUAACUCUAGACAAAUCCAAUAAAGGGUUUCAUAACUGCUAUCAAGUCAGGGAGGGGUCAGAUACCAUCAGCCUCAUGCAGCAGCCAUAUGAGAAUCCGGGGGACAUUUUUUUCAAACAAACCACUACAAAAGAUAUCCUCAUUGAGCUCUACAAGCUCACUGCGGAGAAGGAGCGGCUCCUAGCCAAUCUGCUGAGCUCACACCACAUCCUGGGGAUUAAGAUGGGGAACCAGGAGGGGAAGCUUCCUGAGCUGUCUGGGGGCCUGGAAUUUGAGGAUGACUCUUUCCAGAGUUCGGGGGGCGUUCAGGGGGAGCCAUCGGCAGGCUCUUUGGACAAGAGGACAACUCUGAAGAACAAAAAAAACAAGAGGUUUGGCAAGCGAAGGGAAAGCUUUGAGGAGCUCCUGCAGAAGAGAGCGAGAAAGAAAGAGCAAGGGGGUCAAGAAUCCGCUUCUGGGUCAGGAAGGGACAGGCUUUCGUCAGGCAGCUGCCCUUCUCCCUUCUUGACAAGGCCUAAUCGGCAUCUGGAGGACAGGGGGAACUUGCCCCCGAAUAGGAAUUUUUCCUCCCCACGUCGGAGGAGAGAGAGCUAUUCUGCAGAAACUCCCAGGCCACUAGAGUUAGAGCCGGACCCUAGGGCCUCUGUGGCUGCCUUUGAGAAUGUUGCACUGGGAGGGGAGUUGCUGCCUGCGGGCGGCAGCUCCCCCAGGUCUGCUGUCCGAGGGGUUCAGGUGGCCCAGGGCAGGCCCCGUAGGGCUGACCAGCAGCAAGCUGGCUUAUCAGACAGGGGCGAGACCCCUGAGAAGGGCCCAGAAGCAGAGAGGUGGGGGGAGAAACUGACCAAGAAGACUCGAAGAAAGAGACCGGUCACCAGAGUGGUGACCAAAGUCCAGGAUCUGUCCGCUCAGGUGCAGAGAGUUGUUAAAAGCCUCCCUGAAUCUGAGGAAACGAACACCUCUCUUCAUGGCCAAGACCGAGGGAAAGGGACCCCCCUCCCCUCUGCCAUCCAGUCCGAGUGUUUCCCCAAAGCAGAUCUCCUCACCCUCCCUGGAGAGGAGGUGCCUGCUCAGCCAACCGGGAGGCAGGGGAAGCGGCCAUUGAGGGACAGGGCUGGGGCCCUGGCCAGAGAGCCAGCCCCUCUUCCCAAAGAAUCUUCCAGCCUGGGGGGAGCCGUGAACAAAGCCCUCCUGAAGGUUAUGCAGAGUGAGAGUCUAGAUGAAGUCAAUGAGUGGAAAAGACUGGGUCUCCCUGACACCAGAAAACCUGUCUGGCCCUUCCCAGAGGCCAGGAUCGGGAAAGCUGGCCCGGCCCAGAGCAGCCCCCAAGCCUGGCCUUCUAGUGGCUCCCACAAAGUGGACCCUGGCUCUCCUUUUCCCAGGACAAAAGAGAAGAGGCCUUCCCCACCAUCGCCGGCACCUGUCACCACUCUGUUUAAUAAUUCAUCUCCACCAUCCAGUACGCCUAGACAAAUGUCACCUGUUCCAUCUCUUUUAUCUUCAAGGCUUCCCAGCCCCCAGCUGCAUCACCGUAUCCUCCGGCUCCCUCCCCAGCCAAGUGAGAGGGAAGCUGCCCUCGGGGACAGCAGGAAGCCAGGCAGCUCCUGCGGGCCUCCCGCGGCUGACCCCUCUGCGCUGCAGCCUUCUCCCAGGGUUACAGAGACCGAAGGAGCCGGGCUGGCCUCCCUCCGAGCGGGCCUGCCUUGCUUGGAGCCGGGAGAACGUUUGGACAAGGGGCUCGAGCCAGGAAAGGCAGCUGCUUUGUCCCAGCAUCAGCUGCCUUCAGGUGAGUCCUGAUUUAAAAUGUCCUAAAUCUGUCCCUGUGCUUCUCAACCCAUUCUGCAUCCAGAGCCCAGCUAGCAGUGAGAUCAAAAGUGUCUCCUGAUCAAUUAGCCAAGUGGC